AAGGUAGAGAAGAAAGUGUACUAAGAAUGGGGAAAGGAAGAGCACCAUGUUGCGACAAGAACAAAGUGAAGAGAGGGCCAUGGAGCCCUCAAGAAGAUCUCACUCUCAUCACUUUUAUUCAAAAACAUGGCCAUCACAACUGGAGAUCUCUUCCCAAGCUUGCUGGUUGGUGGUCAAAGAUCGCGUCCUUCUUGCCCGGAAGAACGGACAACGAGAUCAAGAACGUGUGGAACACUCAUCUCAAGAAACGAAUCACUCCAUCUUCUUCUUCUUCUUCAUCCAUCUCUAGCACUCAUGACCAAAGCACAAAAGCAGAUCAUGACAAGAACUGUGACGGGGCUCAAGAAGAAAUGCAUUCAGGGUUAAAAGAGAGCCAAGACUCAGCUACUUCGUCACAUCCCCAAGUCGAGUGUAUGCACACAAAACCAGAGCUGCAUGAGGUUAAUGAACUCAACGAGAUCCAAUUCCUGCUCGACCAUGAUGACUUUGAUGAUAUAACCUCUGAGUUUCUUCAGGAUAACGAAAUGUUAUUUCCGCUAGACUCUCUUCUUCAUCACGACGAAACUCACAUUUCAACCACAUGCGGAGUGACUCAAGAGGUGGUAACCAAAUCGCAAUCAUCUGAUAAUCCUCAACCAGGUAUCCCAUAUGGAUUUGAGGACACAAACGGAGAAUCCGACUUGUGGAGACAGCUGGUUGAAUCAACCACACAUACACCUACUCUUAACAAUGAGUACGACGAGUGGUUCAACUUCAUCGACAACCAAACUUACUUUGAUGAUUUUAAUUUCGUCGGAGAAGGUUGCGCGAGAUCUCACUCUCACUGAGUUAGCUUAGCAAUGGAUCAGUCAGAAGAGGGUCAACAGCAACAGGGAAUGAUGGAUUAUGUACCUCCUCAUGCUUAUCAGAGUGGGCCAGCAAAUGCAGCUUCGCAUAUGGCAUUCCAACAAGCUCACCACUUCCACCACCACCACCAUCAGCAACAACAGCAGCAGCAGCUUCAGAUUUUCUGGGCUAACCAAAUGCAAGAGAUCGAGCAUACCACUGAUUUCAAGAACCACACCCUUCCGCUGGCCCGCAUCAAGAAGAUCAUGAAAGCUGAUGAAGAUGUGAGGAUGAUCUCUGCGGAGGCUCCAGUGAUUUUUGCCAAGGCCUGUGAGAUGUUCAUUUUGGAGCUCACGCUACGUGCUUGGAUCCACACCGAGGAGAACAAGAGGAGGACCUUGCAGAAGAACGACAUCGCCGCUGCCAUUUCCAGGACCGACGUGUUUGAUUUCCUCGUGGACAUAAUCCCGAGGGACGAGCUGAAAGAAGAAGGUUUAGGGGUGACGAAAGGGACCAUACCAUCCGUGGUGGGUUCUCCGCCAUACUAUUACAUGCAGCAACAGGGGAUGAUGCAACACUGGCCCCAGGAGCAACACCAUGAUGAGUCUUAAAACUUUUCUCCUUUCGUUUGUUUGGUUGUAUCGUAGUAAGGUAGCUCUGCUCUGCUGGGAACCCUUUCUAUUGUGUUCUGUAAUGACAUGUUAGUAUAUCACCAGAUGAUCUAUAGUCUAUAUCUAUGUCAAUGCAGUUCCUGUUCUCAUCAGUAUCAAAUAAUAACAAGAAUGUUAGAAA